AUGCAGAAGGAAGGAGUGUGGUUGAGCGAGUUUACUCUGUGUUCUCUUCUCAAAGCUUGCACCCUUUUGAAGGCCUUUCAACAGGGUAAGCAGGUUCAUGCGUUGGUGGUUGUAAUGGGUCGCGAUUUGGUUGUUCUGGGUACUGCGCUUAUUGAUUUUUACACUAAUGUUGAGUGCAUUGAGGAAGCGAUGGAAAUAUUUCACAAUUUGAAUUGGAAAAAAGAUGAUGUCAUGCGCAAUUCUUUGAUUUCCGGGUGCGUUCGGAAUCGAAGGUACAAAGAGGCAUUCUUGAUUAUGAGUGCAAUGAGACCCAAUGUAGUUGCAGUUACUAGUGCUCUUGCUGCUUGCUCCAAGAAUUCAGAUUUGUGGGUUGGGAAGCAGAUACACUGUGUGGCAAUACGAUUUGGGUUCACAUUUGAUACCCAAUUGUGUAAUGUUCUCCUAGACAUGUAUGCGAAAUGCGGGAAAAUUUUGAAUGCUCGAUCACUGUUUGAUAGCAUGGAUAAAAAAGAUGUAGUUUCUUGGACAAGCAUGAUAGAUGCAUAUGGAAAUCAUGGUCAUGGGCUUGAAGCUCUCGAACUGUUCAAGAAGAUGGAGGGCGAGAGAAACAGUAUCCUGCCAAACUUAGUGACGUUUCUUGCGGUUUUAUCAGCUUGUGCGCACUCAGGGAAAGUGGAACAGGGCCGAGAAUGUUUUAAUUUGAUCCCGGAGAAAUACAAUUUAGAUCCAGGUCCUGAGCAUUAUGCCUGCUUCAUAGAUAUCUUAGGCCGGGCAGGUCAGAUAGAAGAGGUGUGGUGUCUGUUUAAUAAUAUGGUUAAAAAUCAAACCAAACCCACAGCUGCAGUAUGGGCAGCUAUACUGAAUGCUUGUAGUCACAACCUGGAUGUCUCAAGGGGUGAGUUUGCUGCAAAGAAUCUCCUUGAAUUAGAGCCAAAUAAGCCUGGAAAUUAUGUACUACUUUCAAAUUUCUAUGCAGCUGUUGGAAGGUGGGAUUCUGUGAAUGAACUAAGAAGCAUUAUGAGGAAGAAAGGACUGGUUAAAGAAACCGGGAAUAGCUGGGUCGCUGUUGCACACUGCCAUGUAAAUAUCCAACACAUCAAUUGA